GCAUCACGUUUUGGAACUAUUUUGGCGUGAGUAGUUUGCUGCUCUCAACCAGUCUAUUUUAUUUCAUCAAUCAAACAAUUUUUUUGAUAUAUUGAUAUUUAACCCGACUGUGUUUACCUUUUGUUUUGAAGGUAUAAAAAAAAAACUUUAAAUACUGUGUUUUGCCCAAAUUGUUUUAAUUAAUUGAACUAUGAAUUAUUUGAAAUUGCACUCCGUUCCUGCUUCUAAAAUUUUUAUCAGAAAUACCUUGAAAAUAUAUAUAUCUGAACCUUUUCAACAAGAAUUUCAUUCUUCAACAUCAAAAUUCGACGAAUCCACAUCCAAAGAAAAAGCUCCCGAAGACAUUCGUGUUCUGGAUGUGUUGGAUGAUUUGAAAGAACCAGAAUUAACUGAAGAAGAGAUACUGCAGAAACGUUUUAAAUCUCGCCUCCCUGAAAGAAUACAUAAAAUGUUCAUUCAGAAACAAUCUCUUCCCUUAGAAAACAAAUCUGAUUUUCAGAUGUAUCGACUACGUUCGCAAUGGGCCAAAUUUGGUAGCCAAACUAAUAUAAAUCCCGGCAUAUGCUGGCCAACAAGAAAGCAAAUAAUGGAGACCAUUGACUACGACAAAACUUUUGAACCAUCCCUUCAAGAACGUUUGCGAAGAGUGAAUGAAGAACGUAUGGCAAAAGAGAAAGAAAAGCAGGAAUAUGAAGCGGAAGUUGAUCAAAACAUGGCCAAUUUAGACAAAUGGAUUGCAGAAUAUCAUGGCAGAAUUGCUAAACAAGAAGAGAAGGUACGUCAGUUGAGGGAUAAGAGGGAAAAACUUGUUGAAGAAAUAAGUGAGUAUCUAGGAUACGAAAUUGAUCCUAAAGAUCCAAGAUUUAAAGAAGCUGUUGAACAAAGAGAUAAAGCGAAGAAGAAAGAGAUGAAAGCACAGAAACAAAAAGAAAGCUAUGAUAAAAUGCUUGAGAAAUUAAAAAAGAUUGCUCAGCAAAAAACAUGAAUGUUAUGAAAUUAUUUAAUGUAACACAUGCUUGUUCGAAAUGUUGAAAAAAAACUUUUCCCGAUUUUACUACGAUUAAAUCAUUGUUUCAUGCUA